UGAAAUUUUUAUCCGGAUGUGAUGGGGAUUUACUUCCGGUAGAAGUUGUCAACACAUUUGAAGCUCCGAGUACUUUGUUUUUAGCCUUUCCCCCUUUUUAUAGCUUUCAGUAAUUGACCUCAAACCGUUUUUUGCGCGUCACUAGAAUUCUAGCUACUUUUAUUCCGACCACAGAUUUCAUAUUUCGUCUAAUAAUAUUAUAUUACUUAAAAAUAAAAGCCCAGAGGAUCAAUUUAGCGGUUCUCCUGCUAACUUCCGGCGGCUAACAUCAUCAGUGAAGCAGGUGGAAUUUGGAAUCAUUUGGGACUAAAAUCAUCUAUGGCAAGUCGGCAACCUUUCACAGACACGGAUACAGCAGAUGAAGCGGUCAGAGCUACUUGUGACGAUGCAACCGUCUGUAAAAGGUUUGCUACCAGUAAAGGUUACUGGAAGGACCCAUAUAUUCAGUAUUUUGUCAGAUCUGUAGGAGAGAGGAAGGCUCCUGAAAUCAACAGAGGUUAUUAUGCUCGAGUUCAAGGUGUCAACCGUCUUCUUGACGCAUUUCUUAAGAAAACGCAGUGUGACUGUCAAAUAAUCAACCUGGGUGCUGGACUGGACACCACGUUUUGGAGGUUAAAGGACGAUAACUUAAUGCCUCGGAAGUUCUUUGAAGUUGACUUUCCUACUAUUGUGGCGAGAAAAAUACACUACAUAAAGACCAAACCUCCGCUGUCCAAACCCAUCAUUGAGACGCACUCGACCGACUCCCUACUGCUGGAUGCCCACAGUCUGGACUCGGAUCGGUACUGCAUCAUCGGAGCAGACCUCCGGAACAUCUCCGACAUGGAAGAAAAGCUGAAGAAGUUCCAGCUGAACACAGAAUUACCCACGUUGGUCCUGACCGAAUGUGUGCUGGUCUACAUGAGCCCAUCCCAGUCCUCUGGUUUAAUUCGCUGGGCGGCAGAAACGUUCCACACCGCCAUGUUCAUAAACUAUGAACAGGUGAACAUGUACGAUCGAUUCGGACAGGUGAUGAUCGAGAACCUGCAGCGCCGCCAGUGCACGCUGGCCGGCGUGGAGACCUGCCAGUCUCUGGAGCUCCAGAAGGAGCGUUUUCUGAGAAGUGGCUGGGAGCACGCCAACGCUUUAGAUAUGAUAGCGGUCUACAGCAUGCUGCCUCAGGAGGAUGUAGGAAGAAUCGAGCGCCUGGAGUUCCUGGAUGAGCUUGAGCUGCUGCAGCAGCUUCUCCAACACUACAGCAUCAGCUGGGCCUCCAAGGAGAAACUCAGUCUGGGUCUGUCUCAGGUGGCGUUCUGAGGGAAAAGGUGGAAGAUCCUGCGUGGAGAAAGGGAGCACCGGAACGCUGUCGUCCCUCGCCGGGUUUUUAUCUGCUCCAUUAUGACUAGAUUUCAAAUAGAAAACAUGACUCGGCGAAAGGAUUCAAACGCUCUUUGUUAGUUUGAUCUCAGUCAAUGAAAGAAAAUCAGUCGAGCUUCUUAAAAUGUGAUCACUGAUUGAUGAUUGUGCCGUAAAGGUCGCAUGUGAUCGGACUGGAGAUGCAUUCAGUGUAAAAAUGGAACUAUUUAUGUUUGCCUGUGAUGUUUUUUUUCUAUUUUCGAUCUAAAAACGACCAACCGGUCGGAUGUGUGACGUCAAUAAAUGAUAUUAUUUGUGUAAAUGA